CGGCUUCGAAAGGCGACCGUCGAGAGGUUCUCCGACCGCAGGACUGUCAGCGCCAUAGCCUCUAUGGAUCGCGCUGGCACGCCGCGACCGAUAGCACCAUGUGCUCUGGCGUCGGUCCUCUGAACAUGCCUUCGUGUGCAUCGUGCUCUCGCCUCGUGAUCCCAGCGAGGACUAUCUGCGCUAGCGCUGCGUAAAGCGUAUAAAGCCAGACAUGAAGCGCAGGCUGAACAGCAAGGGACCACUCCUCUUCCUCAGCAUCGCCUCUCGAACACGAUGGUCGCCACCAGCUUGCUCGUUGCCUCCCUGUUCACGCUUGUCCUCGGCACCCCGACGGCUCGCAACCUCAAGCUGCAUGAGUCUCGCGAGGAGAUCCCCGCCGGCUUCUCGCUGAGCGGCGCCGCCUCGCCCGACACGACGCUGAAGCUCCGCCUCGCGCUCGUUCAGAGCAACUUCGCCGAGCUUGAGGACAGGCUCUACGACGUCAGCACCCCGUCGAGCGCGAACUACGGCCAGCACCUCUCCAAGGAGGAGGUUGAGCAACUCGUCGCUCCCAGUGCCGCGUCUGUCGCCGCUGUCAACGCCUGGCUCACCGAGAACGGUCUCACUGCGCAGACCAUCUCGCCCGCCGGCGACUGGUUGGCGUUCGAGGUGCCCGUCAGCCAGGCCAACGAGCUCUUCGACGCCGACUUCUCCGUGUUCACCCACGACGAGUCCGGUCUCCAGGCUGUCCGGACUCUCGCGUACUCCAUCCCCGCUGAGCUGCAGGGUCACCUGGACCUCGUCCACCCCACGAUCACGUUCCCGAACCCUAGCUCGCACCUUCCCGUCGUGCGCUCGCCCGUGAAGCCCAUCCAGAACCUCACCUCGCGUGCCGUCCCGGCUUCGUGCGCUAGCACCAUCACCCCUGCGUGCCUGCAGGCGCUCUACGGCAUCCCCACCACCAAGGCCACCCAGUCCUCGAACAAGCUCGCCGUCAGCGGCUUCAUCGACCAGUUCGCCAACUCCGCCGACUUGAAGACCUUCCUCGGCAAGUUCCGCACCGACAUCUCGUCGUCGACGACCUUCACCCUCCAGACCCUCGACGGUGGAUCCAACAGCCAGUCCAGCAGCCAGGCUGGUGUUGAGGCUAACUUGGACGUCCAGUACGCUAUCGGCAUCGCCACGGGCGUCCCUACCACCUUCAUCUCCGUCGGUGACGACUUCCAGGACGGUGACCUCGAGGGCUUCCUCGACAUCAUCAACUUCCUCCUCAACGAAAGCGCGCCCCCGCAGGUGCUCACGACCAGCUACGGCCAGAACGAGAACACCAUCUCCGCCAAGCUUGCCAACCAACUCUGCAACGCAUACGCUCAGCUCGGCGCGCGUGGCACCUCCAUCCUCUUCGCGUCCGGCGACGGUGGUGUUGCCGGCUCGCAGACCUCCAGCUGCACCAAGUUCCUGCCGACCUUCCCCUCGGGCUGCCCCUUCAUGACCUCCGUCGGCGCGACGCAGGGCAUCAACCCGGAGACCGCCGCCGACUUCUCCUCCGGCGGCUUCUCAAACGUCUUCGCCCGCCCCUCGUACCAGUCUACCGCCGUCAGCAGCUACCUGACCGCGCUCGGCAGCACCAACUCGGGCAAGUUCAACACCUCCGGCCGCGCGUUCCCCGACAUCGCGACCCAGGGUGUCGACUUUGAGAUCGUCGUUGGCGGCCGCACUGAGGGCGUCGACGGCACUAGCUGCGCCAGCCCGACGCUUGCCGCGAUCAUCUCACUCCUGAACGACCGCCUCAUCGCGGCCGGCAAGAGCCCCCUUGGCUUCCUCAACCCCUUCCUGUACUCGGCGGCGGGCGCCGCGGCGCUCACCGACAUCACGUCUGGCUCGAACCCCGGCUGCGGCACCAACGGCUUCCCCGCGAAGGCUGGCUGGGACCCGGUCACCGGUCUUGGCACGCCCAACUUCGCCAAGCUCCUCACCGCCGUUGGCCUGUAAAAAAACCUGAUAUGAGUGCGAUUUGUAUGUGGAGAAUGAAUUGCGGCGGAAGCUGUGCGCAGUAGUGUACGGUAUUUCAAGUUGUACCCUCGCCGGUAGUACAUACGCUCCUGUAGCUUUACCAGCAAUACUUUUU